CAGAAAACAUGGCGGAGGCUGCUGCGGUCCCUCCGCAUCGCUUCUUCUGUCACUGUUGUAAGGGUGAAGUGAGUCCCAAACUACCGGAGUAUAUCUGUCCCAGAUGUGACUCUGGCUUCAUCGAGGAGGUUACAGAAGACUCCAGCCUUCUGGACAACAGUUCAAAUGGCCUUGACGACACAAGUUCACAGUUUGCUGAGCUGUGGCAGCUGUUGUUCGUGGAGCGGCCGUUCGGUCUGGAUCUGGACAGUCUUGACUCUGAGCGGCUUCCAGGAGGGGGCAGUGGGUCUGGGGGUUUCGGAGCAGGACCGUUUGGUGGGUCUGUCCCAGGUGGGCUCGGUGGGCCUCUGGGUGGACCUCUAAGUGGGGGAGAGCACUGGGGUCCAGGUCGUCCUCCUCGUCUGCACACUCAAAGGAGAUACAGAUCCAGAGGAAGCAGUCGACCGGAUCGCUCGCCCGCUGUUGAGGGAAUCGUACAGCAGUUUCUCGCAGGCCUUUUUGCCAAUUCAGGAGUACCAGGCUCUCCUCCAGUGUCAUGGACGAGCAUGCUGCACUCAAACCCCGGGGACUAUGCGUGGGGCCAGGGCGGUCUGGAUGCAGUCAUCACACAGUUAUUGGGUCAGUUUGAGAACACUGGUCCUCCUCCUGCGGAGAAAGAGAAAAUCUCCUCCCUUCCCACUGUUAUCAUCACUCAGGAACACACUGACUGCAAUAUGGAGUGUCCUGUAUGUAAAGAAGACUAUACAGUCGGUGAGCCGGUCCGGCAGCUGCCCUGUAACCACUUCUUCCAUAGUGACUGCAUCGUGCCCUGGCUAGAACUGCACGACACGUGUCCUGUGUGCAGGAAGAGUCUGAAUGGGGAUGAAAGCGGCACUCAGUCCUCAUCAGAGCCUUCUUCUUUAAACACUGAUCCUCGCACACCGGAGAGAUGGUCCUUCUGAAACACAUACACAUGCGUCCGCCUGUCUCAUCCAAACUCUCUGUCUUAACCCAAGAUUGUUUGUCUUUCUCUCUCUCUCCUUUUGUUGCGUUUUCAUGGCACCACACUGAUGUCUUUUACUAUGAUUUGUUUACUACUUUUCUCAACCGCAGUCCUUCUGGAGUUGUGUUCAUCCCAAUGUUUCUGUUUCUUUCCCAUAUUCUCAGGCGCCUUUGAUUCCUUCUGUGCUUUUACUUUUUCCCUACCUGAGUGAACAAACACAGCGCAGGAUGAGGCACGUUGAUUUGGGCACAUGUUGUUGCUAAAGCAGCUCAACUCUGAACCCACAUUUAGUUUGUACAGCAUUGGGAGCUGUACUCCGCGUAGCGCCUCUUAGCGUCCAAUGUGAAUUCUUCUUGGGAUGGCCUGCCGUGUCUGUGCGGUUUAUCAACUUUGCUUUACUUCCCCAGUCCUUGCCUUCUUAUUUUCUCCUCCGUUUGUCCAGGAGAUCAUGAAGUUUUGUCUCUUUCUUCUCUUUGAUUCCUCUCUGGUGUGUAUAUAUCACAGACCCAUCAACGUCCAUCAGUUUAAUUUGAUUACCUUCUUUUCACUCUCAUUUCUAUUACAGUUUUUUCUAAUGUAAAUAAUUUUAGUUGGAAAACUCAUUAAGGAAGACAAAAAAAGAGGAAAAAAAACAUUGAUGAUGAAUCGCUAAAUAUUAAAGUAUAUAAAUAUAUAUUAUAUGAUGUGUAUGACCAUGAUGUAUUAAUAAUAAAACUGAAUAAAAACCA